AUAAGUUCUGACUUGUGUUGGUUAUUUCGCUGUUACCUAAAUAUCCAAACCCAGAGGCACUUGAAGUCAAUAUCAUCGUAGAAAGUGAAGUGUAUUUUAUGAAUAUGGCAGAACGUUUACCUCAAGAGCUUAUAGCUCACAUCCUGAAAUUCCUGUGCUACACAGAUCGGGAAGAGGCAUCUGUGGUCUGCAAACACUGGUUCCAGGCAUCCUUAGAUCCUGCACUUCACAGAAACACAAAGAUAACCCUGAGGGCAUCAUCAUCAACAGGAAAACACCUCCAGGAUCUUGGACACAGGAAGAGUCCAAAGUUAGUCAUCACCUAUGUGGAAGGAACCAAUGCAGACUUCCUCCUGAAAGAAGUCGGUCGGCACCUUGGUCCUCAUCUGCAAUAUCUAUGUCUCAAAGGAUGUGAUCUGACACAGAAGAUGUUCCUAGGUAUUCUCGCCCAUUGUGACAACCUGACAUCACUUGAUCUUAGUUGCUGUAACAGUAUGUUCAUGUCUGGUACACUUUUGCAGAAGGAUGAAGAUAAGCAAGUGGCCCUCCAGGCUUUCAGAAGGUUAAAGAAGUUAUCUUUAGGAUCAAUUAGAUAUCUAUCUGAUGCUCUAUUUAAUCUGUUUGUAGCCACCACUCCUCAACUAGAAGACUUGUCCCUAGCAGGAUGCAACAUAGCGUUUGAAACAGACCCAUACCGCAAUAGAGAUAUGGGAAAGGACUCUGUCACUUUGCUUAGUUUCUCAAAUCUUUUGGCAUUUGUUAAGAGAUUCACAUCAACCUUGACUUCUCUGGACCUUAGUUUAACUGCAGUUACCAGUGAAGCAUUGACAUCCUUAGCUAAUGUGCCGAAUCUCAAGCUGAGGCGGAUUGUUUUGGUGAGGUGUACUCAUCUAACAGAUGACGGUGUAAAGAAUCUUGCAAAUCUUCAACCAAGCCUAAAGGAAGUAAUCUUGGCAUCAUGUCCAUCUGUUGGAAAUGUUGCUAUCAAUGCAAUUACACAGAAUCUUGGAAGCUUAGAAAAACUGAAUCUAAACAAACUGAAGUCCAUUCCUCAGGAUACCUUUGAGCAGCUAACACUGAACCUGACCAAGUUGACCCAUUUAAGCUUAGCAAGUAACCUCAAUCUCAAAGGAGCUCAGAUGCUGAAGGGACUGAGGGGUGCUUCUUUCUCACACUUGAGGUCAUUGAAUCUGCAAGGUUGUCCACAAGUGGACGAUGACGUAGUCUUCUGCAUCUGUGAUGCUGCACCCGAUCUUCAAGAACUCAAUCUAAGCUCCUCUCAUGCCAUGACAGACCUCAGUGUUCAUCGCAUCUCUGCUCGGCUCCACUGCCUUAAGAGGCUCAAUCUCAGUUGGUGUCAGCGGAUUACUGAUUUUGGUCUCCUUGGAUUAGAUAAGGAUUGUCCAGUUAUCUCUCCUCCCGAUGAAUCCUCAAAGCACAGCAGUGACCGCUACACUCGCAGUCACAGCAACAUGGGCUUCUUUCGGCCUGCAAAAUUCGAAGAGGUCAUCUUGACCAUUCCAGAAGAUGAGAUGCAGGAAUACCUCAACUCUACAUCAAGAGUAGCUAUCAAUGCCAUCAGAACUCUUGAGUAUCUCAACCUUGCCGCUUGCCAUCAUCUAACAGACCGAUGUAUUCAGGAGAGCAUAUCCUUUCCGCGCCUGCAAACCCUGGAUCUCCGUAUGUGCCGGAAUGUCACUGACAAAAGCCUGGAGUCUAUUGCGAAGAACAACCCCAACCUGCAGAACUUGACAGUCAGUGAAUGCCAUCAAAUAACUGAUGUAGGUGUGACAGCUGUAGCAGAGGGAUUGUGUCGUCUUUCAUCUCUGGUCAUUCCUCGUUGUCUCAUCACUGAAAAGAGUUUGGAUGCUCUGGCCCAACAUUGUAGGCACCUUAAGUUUCUGGAUGUAUCUCAGUGUAACGUUCCUGUAGCUGCCGUAGAUACAAUGCGUAGCAAGCUGCCAUGUCUCCAGACCGUUGUAACCUCAUACUUAGAUGGCAAUCUAUCUACAAUGUACCAACCAGAAUUUUUCUGAGAAAAUGUAUUCAUGUGUACAUGGAUGUUCAUAUGUUUGUGUAUUGCUUGUACAAGAUAUCACUCAGUAGGAUUUUGUUAUUAGGAUGGGAGAAGUCCAGCCAAAAAUUAACUCAUGCCCCUGCAUGUAAUUGAUCUCAUGAUCCACACGGACACCAUUUUGCAAGACACAUUGCUUUUACUAUUUAAGGUUCAUUUUCAGAAUGAAUUUUUUGGUACUUUUUGCCAUUCACUAGUCAUCUCAACAGACUCCUUGACUUACUGGAAAGGUGACCAUACAUGUACAUAGUAGAUUUUCAGCAGUAGGGCCCUAAUAGUCCUGAAGUCAAUGAUGGCAUUUUUUGCAUAAUUUAUUGAAUUUCACCAUGUACACGUAGUAGAAACAGAAAUGAUAUAGCUUCAGAUACUGGGCAUUGAAACCGUGGUGUACUUGGUUCAGCAACACACUGUCUAUCUCUGUCCUACGUUAACUUGGUACAUGUUCAGUCUCCCAGUACAAAAGAUCAAUAGGCCCUACUUUAUUUUUUUCAUCAUUGCUUAACUUUAUCUUGUUUCUACAUAGGUUAUCAUAAUGUACAUAUAUGCUACACAAGGAGUCAGAUAGAACUUGUCUAGAAAUAGGCUAACUUUCUUACUCUUUGCAUACUAAUGUGUAAAGCGAAAGAGAGGGAGACAUGCUUGGAAGAAAAUAUAAAAAUGUGAUAUUGAAAAUACAUUAAAGAAGCAUUAUUAAAUUCUUUUUGCCAAUAAAAAAAAUUAAGAAAAGUCUUAAUGGCAAUCACAUCAAUUUAUACCUCUUUAAGUAACCCAAAGCAAUUAUUUACCUUGGAACAUUCCAAUCUGUGAUUUAUCAUUUUUAAAUUAUUAUGAAGCAUACUGUACCGUCCCUGCCUUUAUACGUAUCAGAAGGGAUUGAUAUGAUUAGUUAAAGACUUAUGUUACGCACAAUUGCCCCAGUAUGUAGAAAAGAGAAAUAUCCUUAUUGUUAUCCGUUGUAUUAGUACGUAGUAGUAGUUGUAGGAGUAAUUGUAGAAAAAAAGUGUUUUUAUUUUAGUUGGCAAUGUGUACAAUACAUAUAAGAGUCUGACAUUUAGCUCUGGCAUUAUUGUUUUCAUAAUACAUAAUGAUGAUAAUAAAUAGAUAUUAGAAAAGGUAGGUCUUCGACUUGGUACUGUACUAUGUUUAUUGUUCAGUGCUUGUUACAGUACUUUAGAGUUUACUUUUUAUGGCUCAACAAAAUUACUGCCUUUAUUUACCUUUAAUAUGCAGUACCAGAAAAACGAUUACCUACAUUAACUCCUAAACAGUCACUUUCACUUCAUUCCCAACAGAUCUCUUAUGUAAAUUAUUACAAAAUGUUGUUUGCUGUACAUAAAAAUAUCAAUGUAAAUCUUCAAACAUUUUACACUGGGAGCAUGUACUUAAAAUAAAGUAAAUUAAUGGAGGUACAAUAUUUGUAAUAUUGUAA